UUCCUGCAUCUUUCCUGUGUUGUUUCAUUCUGUACACUAUUUUCUACAUUAUUUACACAAAUUCCCUUUAAGUACCCGAUCCGCUAUCCGAUUCUCUUUUGGCCUAUUCAACAUGGCAAGUGGAUUUGUGUCGGAAACGGAAAUUGCUGAAGCCCGUCGCAAAAGACAAGAGGAAUGGGAAAAAGUUAGAACCGCAGAUCAGCCAAUAGAGGCUCCAGAAGAUGAAUAUGACCCACGGUCACUGUACGACAGGUUGCAAGAGCAGAAACAGAAGAAAGACAGCGAGUUUGAAGAAGCGCAUAAACUAAAAAACAUGAUCAAAGGUUUGGACGAUGAUGAAGUAGAAUUUCUAGAUUUGGUUGACAAAAAUCGAAUGCAAGCAGAAAGACAAGCGCACCUGGAAGAACAGAAAGAAUUGAACGAGUUUCGUGCGAAGGUCGCCACAUUACACGAGAAACGGUUAGAUGAGCAAAUCCAACAUCAAGUUUCCAAACCAAAGCCUACGAAAACACCCAUCACAAGUACACGGCUAAGCCAGAAGCAAAUUCUUGCCGGUGUUGUGCGUAAGCGUAAAUUGGAACCUGAAGGUGAGACUAAUGACUCAAACAAAACACCUGAGAAGGUUGCUCCCACGGCGACCAAUCCUGCUAAUGAAACCGAUAGCAAAGCGAAUGCAACAGCCAAGAGCAGUGCGGCAAUGCGGGUCAUCGGAAUACUGCCUGGUAUGGGAUCGUACAAUUAUAAUGAUGAUGAUUCCGAUUCGGACAACAGUUCAGAAGAUUCGGAGCUCGAUGACAGUCAUGAGUACGAUUGGAUAGGACGGAAGAUCCGCAAAACGUGUGAGGGUGAUAACAAAUGAAUUUGGCAGCGGGAUCUAGGGUUCAAUGGUAAAGCGUUACAUUAUGAGUCGAAAUAUGAGUGAGCCCCUUCUAAGUUCCAGUUCGAGUUGGCUAAAUAAAUGUUCAAUUGCAUUCAGGUUCUU